CAGGCUUCUUCAGCCGGCGCGCGGCCUGCGCCGGGGAGCCAAGCACGGUUUCGCCGGCCGAGGGCGGUGGGCGGCGAGCGGCGAUGGGCCGCGCCUGGGGCUUGCUGGUCGGACUCCUGGGCGUCGUGUGGCUGCUGCGCUUGGGCCAGGCUGAGGAGCGGAGGCUGGAGACAGCGGCACAGCGCUGCUUCUGCCAGGUUAGUGGUUACCUGGAUGACUGUACCUGUGAUGUUGAGACCAUCGAUAAGUUUAAUAACUACAGACUUUUCCCAAGACUACAGAAGCUUCUUGAAAGUGACUACUUUAGAUAUUACAAGGUGAACUUGAGGAAGCCAUGUCCUUUCUGGAAUGACAUCAACCAGUGUGGAAGGAGAGACUGCGCUGUCAAACCCUGUCAUUCUGAUGAAGUUCCCGAUGGAAUUAAGUCUGCGAGCUACAAGUAUUCUGAGGAAGCUAACCGCAUUGAGGAAUGUGAGCAAGCUGAGCGACUUGGAGCAGUGGAUGAAUCUUUGAGUGAGGAGACCCAGAAGGCUGUACUUCAGUGGACCAAGCAUGAUGAUUCUUCAGACAGCUUCUGUGAAGUUGAUGAUAUACAGUCCCCUGAUGCUGAGUAUGUGGAUUUACUCCUUAAUCCUGAGCGCUACACAGGCUACAAGGGGCCAGAUGCUUGGAGGAUAUGGAGUGUCAUCUAUGAAGAAAACUGUUUUAAGCCACAGACAAUUCAAAGGCCUUUGGCUUCUGGGCAAGGAAAAAGUAAAGAGAACACAUUUUACAGCUGGCUAGAAGGCCUCUGUGUAGAAAAGAGAGCAUUCUACAGACUUAUAUCUGGCCUACAUGCAAGCAUUAAUGUGCAUUUGAGUGCAAGGUAUCUUUUACAAGAUACUUGGCUGGAGAAGAAAUGGGGUCACAAUGUCACAGAGUUUCAGCAGCGCUUUGAUGGGAUUCUGACUGAAGGAGAAGGCCCAAGAAGGCUGAAGAACUUGUACUUUCUGUACUUGAUAGAGUUAAGGGCUCUCUCUAAAGUGCUUCCAUUUUUUGAGCGUCCAGAUUUUCAGCUCUUCACUGGAAAUAAAGUUCAGGAUGCAGAAAACAAAGCGUUACUUCUGGAGAUACUUCAUGAAGUCAAGUCAUUUCCUUUGCAUUUUGAUGAGAAUUCUUUUUUUGCUGGGGAUAAAAAUGAAGCCCAUAAACUAAAGGAGGACUUCCGACUACACUUUAGAAAUAUCUCGCGAAUCAUGGACUGUGUUGGUUGCUUCAAGUGCCGCCUGUGGGGCAAGCUUCAGACUCAGGGUCUGGGCACUGCUCUCAAGAUCUUGUUUUCCGAAAAACUUAUCGCAAAUAUGCCGGAAAGUGGACCAAGUUAUGAAUUCCAGCUAACCAGACAAGAAAUAGUAUCAUUGUUUAAUGCAUUUGGAAGGAUUUCCACAAGUGUGAGAGAAUUAGAGAACUUCAGGCACUUGCUACAGAAUGUUCACUGAGGAGGACGGUUGGAACGUGACUGUUUCUGCACAGGGGAGCCUGAAGGGCAGAAUCUCUCUGAGCACCACGGUUGCAAUGACCGUCCUAAGCUAAAUGUUUAUAUAAAGCUGCUUUUGUAAAAGAAGAGAUACAUUGUUUAAGUAAAUGACAUUUUUAAAAAUUGUGUUCAUGUUUAAUAUUAUUGUGAAUAAAAGUAGUAUUUUGGUAAUGUACAAAUUUUAAUACUAAGCAAAAGUAAGGUCAUUAAGUUCCCGUGUGAUAAAGCUAGGUAAAUACUGCCUUAGGCUCUCAAACUAGAGUUGUAUUAAGAAGGUGUAAUAAAAACCAAGCUAAGGUACCUAUGACAAGUGUUUGAUAAUAAAAUAUUAAGAGGCUUAGCAGUAAACCAUGGUCAUCAGCCUCAAACACCAAUGCUUUUUCAUUUGCCUCAUUUGCAAAGAAAAUAUAGACUGCCCAGUUAUAUUUAAAUUUUAGAUAAGUAACUAGUUUUCCUUCAAAUGUUAAGUAUGUUGAAUUUUAUUAGAGCCUAUUUAUACUACAAGUUAUUUGCUUGAAGUUCAAGUUUAAUUGGGAGGGCUUGUGUUUUCCUGGCAACCUUAAAAUACACUGGUAUGAAACAUUCCUUUUAGAGUUAAAUAGCUAUUUUGAUUGUGCUGUUUUGGUAUGUAGGGAAGUAGAAUAAUUCAAAGGCACAGGAGAUUUCUAAACAUUGUAGAAAGAUAAUAGAUUAUAUAUUUAUUCUCAUAAUAGUUCCCCUAAUAGUAGAAUUUUGGGGAAAUUUUAUUUUUAUAUAAUUUCAUAUUUACAGAAAAGUUUCAAAAAACAGUUAAAAAAACAAAACAAAAAACAACAACAACAAAAAAACCCUAAACUUGUUUUACUCAGAUUCAUGGGUUGUUCACAAGUGUUUUAACCACUCACCCCACCUCACAGUGACAAUUGAGCCCAGGGCCUCAGUUAUGCUGGGCUAGCCCUGCAUUCAUGAGCUGUGUCCUCAGGCCUUGCUUAAGUUCCUACAUAGACAUAGAUAGCCUGUUUUAUUUAAGGAUUUGAAAAUAAGUAAUGGGCAUCAUGAUUAACCCAAAAUACUUCAGUGUGAUGGUCAGUAAUUUCUUAAAAACUAUUUUUUGUUUUUUUAAAAGAAAAUCCAAACCUUACAGAUCCAAGCUGAACUACUAUAAGCCUUAAAAUAAGGAAACAUCCCACAUCCCAGUCACCUCAAGUUUGAAUUUGGUUGCCUUUUUUUUGACCUGUGUAAUCACAGAGUAUACAAUUCAUGUUUGUUUUUUGUUUUCUUUUUCGAGACAGGGUUUCUCUGUAUAGCCCUGGCUGUCCUGGAACUCACUCUGUAGACCAGGCUGGCCUCGAACUCAGAAAUCCGCCUGCCUCUGCCUCCCAAGUGCUAGGAUUAAAGGUGUACGCCACCACUGCUCGGCACAGUUCAUGUUUUUUUAUGCAUGGACCUUAUUUUCUUUUUCCCAUAGAAUGGAACUAUAACGUAGAUAGGUUUUAAUUAGUAGAAGCUCUUCACUGAGAGCAAUAUUUGAAGUGGCUUAAGAAUUUACAUCACAUGGCAGUUAUAAAUGGUAUAUACCUCAAAAUUAUGCCCCCCCUGAUGUCACAUAUAAUGUCUUGAGCAGUUAGGACAGGUUGAAAUGUCUCAUAAGAAAAAGCAGGACUUAUAUAUGCAAUGGUUAGCAAUGUCACUUUACACUGCUGCGUAUUUUCUCUGUCCCUAACACUUGGUCCAGUGCCAGGCAUACAGUUGGUUGUCUAACAUUUGUUGAUGGAAAGUGUAUGUAUUUAGUAUACUUUAAGUGAAUGGUGAUAUAGCUUGUUUAACUAUGUAUCCUAUUUCCCCCCUCCCUCUCACUUUUUCUUUUGGAUCAAAUAAUAAAUGAAAGACAUCAACCCACUAAUUAGGUCGGUUUUCUUGGGGACUUAAAAGAACUAAAUGAUCAGUACACACAAGCCAGCCCUUUUGAAACCCUCACUGCUUUCACUUUCUGUCUCCCACUUGAUUGUCUGUGUCUUCUGUCCCUCCAAGUGAGGUCCAAUACCUAAUUCUAAGUCUACAGUUAACAAGCAGUUUAAUUUUUAAGAAACCUUAACUUUUCCUGUAGUUGACACAGUUGACAAACCCUUCCCAGAAGUCCUGAAGUCCCUAUUCCUUUGUGUUUGGCUUGCUCCUGGGUAUCUUUCUUCUGGUCUUUUCAUUUAACCUAGAUAUCAUUCCUCGGACUUUUUGCUCUAAGUCACUGGACCAUACUUUUGAGUAAUUUCCGUGAAGUGAUCGCAUUUCAGCUUCUCUCUGUUUCCCUGCUGUGCUCACUUGGCUGUCUAUUGACGCUUCUGCAAAUUCAAGGACUCAGUCACCACAAACCUACUCUGUGUUCCUUACUUGGUUAAUUUCAGAACCGUUGCACUGUUGAAGGUUUUACACAGUUCGUUUCUGUAUCUUCCACCUGACUAUUGUGUCUUAAGUUCUGAUUUUACUCCAACAUGUCUAUCACUAUCUUUCAGUUUUUAUUAGUCACCCAAAGGGUCACCUAUGUCUGUUUUCCCAUCUCUCUAUUGGCUCACAUCAGCAGACUGGGCUUUCUAGAAGCGUUCAGCUUAAUUCCUGCUGGCACUUUUAUGAGCUUUUUGGUGAGAGUCUCUGUUUGAUAUCCAAGACCCUCCUCUUGUGUUUGCCACUCUGUUCUGAUAAAAGUGUUCAAGUUUUCCAAAAGUCCAGAGUUGGUAGCCCUCUGAACCUUUGCAGACACCAUAUUUGCAUUGAGAGCCCUAGGCUUCUUUCUCAUCUGGGAAAUUCUGUGCAUUCUUGAAAUUCUGUGAAAUUACCCCUGCCCCUUCUUAUGGUCACCACUGUAAUUGCAACCUACCUCUAUCGAAUCACUUAUUGUACUGUAUAUUUUAUUUUAUAAAGUGUCCUUUACUAGAAUGUGAGCUCCUUAGGGGCAAGAAAGGAAACUUUAUUCAUUUUGGCAUCUCUAUAGAAUAAUGUUUAGCAUAUGAGCAUUUAAUAAAUGUUUUUUGAAUAAAUUGCUUCACAUGACA